AUGGAGUACGCGGCGGCGGCGGGGACCGGAGGAGGAGGCUACUACUACUACCCGCCGGCGCAGCCGCAGCCCUCGCAGACGCAGACGCUCCGCCGCCGCCCGCGCCCCGCCGCCCGCUGGAUCAAGCAGUGGAUCCCGCAGGACCUCGCGUGCCCCGGCUCAAAGUGCGCCCUUUUCAAGUGGGUCAGAGAGGACGUGUACAAGAAUCUGAAGGAGAACGGCGGCAGAGGGGGCGCGCAGGAGCCGGAGGCGCAGCCGCGCAAGGUCGAGCCCACCACGGAGAUCCUCUUCCUCUGCAGCUACGACAACUGCGGCAAGACCUUCGUCGACGUGGCCGCCCUGAGGAAGCACGCGCACGUGCACGGCGAGAGGCAGUAUGUCUGCCAGGAGCCCGGCUGCGGGAAGAAAUUUGUAGAUAGCUCCAAGUUGAAGAGGCACAAUCUUACACACACAGGACAAAAGGAUUUUGUUUGCCCACAGCCAGGCUGUGGUAAGGCCUUCUCAUUGGAUUUUAACUUGCGUGCGCAUCUCAAAACACAUGCUAUGGAAAAUUAUCAUGUAUGCCCAUUCCCAGCAUGUGGCAAAAAAUUUACAAGCGAUUUCAAAUUAAAAUGCCAUAUCAAGGCACAUGAAAAGACUGGGUCUCCUAUCGCAGUGCAACAUACGCCACCGGCAGAAAAACCACCAAGCAUUAUAAAGCCUGCCAUACAAGCAACCCUGAAGCCUACUGCGCUAGCACUACCAAGCUUUUCCGCUGAGCGCCCUCAUGUAUGCCCCUACGAAGGCUGUGGGAAAGCCUACAUCCACAGUUACAAACUCAACCUUCAUCUCAAGACUCAGCACCCUGAACACGGCCAAGAAGAUAAUGGUAGGUUCGCCGCACCUUCAGGCGAGUAUAAUUAUGCCGAGGCCAGUGACCCUGCACCAAACCCGAAAAGGAGCAAGACAAACCAAGCACACAAGGCCCCUCCACCUAAUGCCUAUAAUGUCAAGGUUUCCAGCAGGAUGGGUGUUGAUACCAGUGGUGCGAAGAACCAGUGGCCAGGCAAGGGUAUGUAUGACGAUGACAGUGAAGAGACCGAGGAAGAUCAUGGUGGUAACAACGUCGAAGAUGGCUGGAGAUACGGUAACCAGAAUGCCGAUGAUGAGGAAACAGAAGAAGAUGAAGACUAACCGAACAUUCAGCCUUUUCGUGUUUAUCCUGCUGGAGCGUGUGCCCUAGGUUGAUUAGAUGCUGUUGUCUACUUUCUUUUAGUAAUUUCGGUGUAUGCUGAAAAUCAGCAGUGAGUGAAACUGGGGUGUUUUAAUUGUGGUAGAAUUAGAUGGCAGGGUGUAAGAAGACAGUUACUGAUGUUGUUUGGUCAUUUUGUUGAGAUGGUCCAUCUAUGUGAUAUAUCUGCCCCCAGCUUGUGGUAG